CAAUUGGUCCAGCGCUCGGAGUACAGAGAACGACAAACAAGAUAGGGUGAAGAUCGUCGGGAUGGAUGCAGCUACCUUGACAUACGACACACUUCGUUUUGGAGAGUUUGAAGAUUUUCCUGAGACCUCAGAUCCUGUGUGGAUCUUAGGGAAAGCGUAUAAUGCACUCACAGAGAAGGAUGAGAUUUUGUCAGACGUCACUUCACGACUGUGGUUCACAUACAGAAAAAACUUCCCACCGAUUGGUGGGACAGGACCAACAUCCGAUACAGGAUGGGGAUGUAUGUUACGAUGUGGCCAGAUGAUCCUAGGCGAGGCCUUGAUAUGUAGACAUUUAGGGCGGGACUGGAGAUGGGCCAGAGGCCAGAAACAAAGAGAAGAGUAUGUCAGUAUUCUCAAUGCCUUCAUUGACAAGAAAGACAGCUACUAUUCCAUCCAUCAAAUUGCCCAAAUGGGAGUUGGCGAGGGAAAGCCUAUAGGCCAGUGGUAUGGACCAAACACAGUUGCUCAGGUUCUAAAGAAGCUGGCAGUGUUUGAUACGUGGAGCAGAUUAGUUGUACACGUGGCGAUGGACAACACUGUGGUCAUUGAGGAGAUCAAGCGUCUCUGCAUGCCCUGGUUGGAUUUUGCAGGGGAAUCCGGGGGAGUGGGGGAGCUCAAUGGCUGCCUGGAAGGAGCAUGUGCCCUGGCUGAGGAGGAGAUGGCUCUGUGGAAACCUCUGGUACUGCUCAUUCCCCUAAGGCUGGGCCUGAGUGAUAUAAAUGAGGCCUACAUUGAAACCCUCAAGCAAUGCUUCAUGCUGCCUCAAUCCCUGGGUGUUAUCGGUGGAAAACCCAACAGUGCCCAUUAUUUCAUCGGUUAUGUUGGAGAAGAGCUCAUCUAUUUAGACCCACACACCACACAGCCUGCAGUGGAGCCGUAUGAAGAUGGCCAGGUCCUGGAUGAGACGUACCAUUGUCAGCAUCCACCCUGUCGCAUGCAUAUCUGUGAACUGGACCCGUCCAUUGCAGUGGGUUUCUUCUGCAAAACAGAGGAUGACUUUGAUGACUGGUGCAUGCGCAUAAGAAGGCUGUCCUGCAAAAGAGGCGGCCUGCCCAUGUUUGAACUAGUAGACAGUCAGCCCUCUCACAUGGUCAGUGUGGAUACCCUCAACCUUACUCCCGAUUUCUCAGACUCCGACCGGUUGGAGCGGUUCUUUGAUUCCGAGGACGAAGAAUUUGAGAUCCUUUCCCUGUGAGGAAUCUAUGAACAAUGAUUUACUGUUGUGGACAGUAGGCGAUUCUCUCUCUUCUCUGUAUCAGAUGAGAACCCCGAGAGGAUGAACAUUAUUAUUUGAAGACCUCUUGAGCCAGUUCAGCUCCAGUGGUGUAGUCAGUGUGUGUCACACAGCGUCUCUUCAACAGCCCCCAAUUGCUCUCCGUAUCCAACAUUGAGACUGCCUGGUGGAAGCCGUAGCAGGAGCUCAGGAUAACGUGUUGUUGCACAUCUUCACAAACACGUGUUUCCAUUUGAGUCUUAACACUUUAAAUGUUUAUUCUGAAGUGAUCUGGUGCCUUUCCCUGAUUCCAUGAGUAAAAUUGCCAUAACAGUUUUAUGCUGUAUAGAAAUAUAAUGGUUCGUGAUGCCCAUGGCUUAAGCGGUUUGUCACUAAUAAGUGGUCUUGUCACAGCCUGUAACAAAACCAAAUUUAGUAAAAUCUGCAGAUAUGUAUUAAUUGUUCAUGCAAAGUAUCCUUGCCAAGUCUGAACAUAUAAACUAGUUCAUUUGAAGAUUAUUUAUUUACUCAGACUAUAUAGACAAGUGAAAGAGCAAUAGACAUGUAAGAGGAUUAAAACAAAAAAUAAACUCAGACUGCUAUUUGAAAGUUA